AGUGAUGACAAACGAGAAAGUAUUGAGGUUAUGUUCAAUUGUAUAUUUGAAUAAUCCACAGUUAGACAGUUUAGUUGAAUACCACUUUAACUUACAAUAAAUACUUUUACAAUAACGUUUGGUUUACUCAAAAACGGGUGUUUCUGUUAUCGUAUUACCUAAUUCAGAAAUUGAAGGUUAUAGGCCUACUUACAAUAUUUUAUAAAGAAUAAUGAAUGACAAUCCAAGCACCCCAUCAAAAUAUGUUAAAUUUGAACACUCAAUUUUUUCACCUGUUACAGUUCCAGUUAGUCCAGUGAGUAGAAGUCCUCAAGUUGGCAAUUUGACUGGAAAUGUAAGACAAGUGAGAGAUAACGCUGCUGAUCUGCAUAAUCUAGUUAAUAAAUGGAACAAAUGUCUCGUCGAAGGUGCAUCACUUGUUGAUAAGGCAAUACAACUCAAACUUAGCACUUCGUCUAAAGACAAGAAAAAUGUUUAUCCUCCUGGUCUUUCCGAUGUUUGUGACAGUUUAGAUCUACUGUGCUGUGAAAUGAGCAAUUCUGUGAUGCUAAUGAAAAGGUGCAUAGAAGAACUCUAUGGUAUCGAUAAGUUGGAAAUAUUGAGGGGUACAAGUGAUACACCAAUGUUUUCUACAUGGCCUUCAGAAAUAUUCGGUGAAGUGGUGCAUGAAAUAUGUGAAGCUUAUUGCAAGGAACUGGAGUUGAAAAUAUUCGUCAAAGAUAAUAUCGCUCACCUUAGCGAAGAGUCUGACUUGAUAUUUUAUAGAACCUCCUGGGCAUUAGAACCAUAUAUCAAUAGCAAUGUACGUCUUGCUCUAGCUGCCAUUUUGAAAGAGACUGGUCAUAUAUAAACAAGAAAAUAUACACGGGCCCAGUUGCACGAAAGCCGGUUAAAUUUUAAUCCUGAUUAAUUUCACGAGAACCAAUCAGAGAGGGCUUUUUGAAAAGAAAGCUUCUCUGAUUGGUUCUCAUGAAAUUAAUCACGAUUAAAAUUCAACCGGCUUUUGUGCAACCGUUACAUAUAGUACUAUUAUAAUUAAGUUAUAUAUCAGCUGUUUAUUACCAUGUUACAUAAUAAAGUGAUCAAUAAACAUGAUUUUAUAAAAAGAA